ACAGCGCAAUGAGAGCAUGGCAGCAGCUGAGCGGAGCUGGGCCUGCUUGGCGAAUCCACGCACACAGCUGAGUGGGCUGGUCCUUUCAACCCAUUUAGGCUGUGCUGCUGUGACUGGAGCACGCUGGGUUUAUUAUUAACUCCUCUAAAGCUACAGCAGCAGCAGAGGCGGCUUCAACAAGGCCAGAGCCCCUGGCUAAUUAACAGCUUCCAAGAUGGCAAAUGACAGCACAGAAGAACCGCUGGGUAAGGAGUCACCAGAGCCUGAGUGUAACAUAUAUGAAGAAGUAAAAUGGUUCAACAAAGCAGAACAGAACCAAAGGAUGGCUGUGGAAGAGCUCAUUAACACGGAAACUAGCUAUGUACACAACCUCCAGCUCUGCAUUUCAGACAUACGUGACCAUCUCCAGAAAAAGCAGCUGCCUGGAAUAGACGUGGAAGGACUGUUCUCUAAUAUAGAUGAUGUCCUGCACAUUUCCAGACACUUUCUGACAGGCCUUGAAGCCAUGGCAAACCAGGAACAUGAACAGCUGCUUCAUAUCAGCACCUUAUUCCAAGAGCUCAAAGAAGAGAUGGAAAAUAUCUACAAGGUUUAUUGUGGCAGCUGUGAUCAAGCUCUUCUUCUGCUGGAUAUUUACAGAAAUGACCCGAGACUACAAAAAGAGAUUUUGGAUACCCUCCAUACUACUGUGCCUCACACUGGUGCUUCAGACCUGAGCUUCUUCUUGGUGAUGCCAGUACAACGAGUCACAAAAUACCCUCUACUUCUGCAGAAAAUAUUGGAAAACACUCUGGACAGUGACAGCGCUUAUGAAGCCCUUUCAGCUGCAACAAAGGCUAUGGCAGAGGUCAAUGCUAACAUCAAUGAGUACAAAAGACGGAAGGAAGUAGCAGACAAAUACAACAAAGCCGGGUAUCUGACUUUGCGGGAGCGCCUGGCCCGGCUCAACACACAUUCCAUCACCAAGAAGACCACACGAUUGAGUCGCCUCUUUAUGCAUGAGGCUGGAAUUAUACCUAAAACAGAGGACAAGGAGUUUGAUGACCUGGAAGAGAAGUUUCAGUGGCUGGCAUCGGGUAUAGCUGACCUGAAGGAGAAUGUGGCAUAUUUCCUGAGCAACACAGAGAUGUUCCUUGGCUCUAAACCCCAUGAGAAUGAGCUGGACAUAGAAGAAGGGACUAGACAGCAAUGUUGUCGCCUUGCAGGAAAACUCAACAGCACCAUCUUGCCAGAGUUUAAGAAACGCCUGAAACGCCUCGUGUAUCUGCCACUGUGCAAUUUGUCAGAGACUCUGAAGGGGCCUCAAUCACUUAUCAGGAAGCGCUUGGACAAACUGCUGGACUAUGAGGAACUUGAGGAGAAGAGGAAUGAGACAGGCAGUGUGACAUAUGAGGAGGAGGCCACCAUGAAUACCUAUCUGGCCAUUAAUUCCUUGCUGGUGUCUGAGCUUCCUGUGUUCAACCUCGUGGCCCUGAAGUGGCUGGAGCAAAUUCUGCAUACUUUUGUGGUUCUUCAGAGGGAUCUGGCCAAGCAAGUUCUUCAAGAGGCAGAGGGGGAGAUGGCCCAGCUGCUGCACAAGCAUCUUCCUGAAGCUGAUUUCUGGAAGAUGGUGAAAGAUACCUUAAGCCAGGCUGAAAAUCAGCUUUAUUCCUUCUCCAGGAAAUUUGAGAGUGUUAUGCCAAGUCCAGUUGUGCAGCCUCUCAGCCCUGCCGAGGAGAGGAGGGUCCUUUUGCUUGUGAACAAGCAUGGACUGGACAAGCUGUACCAGGUGACAAGCAACAUCAGUGGCAGCAAAGAUAUGGACCUGACACUUCAGAGGGGGCAGAUUGUGGCUCUCCUUCAUGACGUGGAUACCAAAGGCAACAGUAACCGAUGGCUGGUGGAUGCUGGAGGACCAAGGGGCUACAUCCCAUCUGGGAAAGUCCAGCCAUAUCAUUUAGUCCAAAACCAAAAGUCCAAGAUGGAGAUGCUGGCUCCAAAUGAUGAGGCUGAGAAGAGACAUCAUUCUUACAAUUCACCUGCAACUCCCAGCCCACCCAUCAAUUUCAUUACACCAGCUUUCCAGGUGGUGGCUGGCUAUGCAUUCACAGGCAGGAGCAACCACGAGGUCAGCUUGACACCAGGCCAGCCAGUGACUGUCCUGGAGUCCCAUGAUAAGAAGGGGAGCAAAGAGUGGAGCCUUGUAGAGGUGAAUGGUCAGAAGGGAUAUGUGCCUUCCAGCUACCUGGUGGUAGUGCCCACUCCAGAACCACCUGGAUGGAACUCACCUGCAUGGCUACUUCCAGCUCAGCAGACAUAACAGCAAGAAAAUGUUCACUUUCAGAAGUCAGCCCUGCUUCCCCUUACCUGUCCUCUCCAUUCCCCCUCCCUGCUGGGGCUGGUCAUACAGUGAGGGAAGAGGCAGGUGGUGGGGCCAGGAAUUGAGGAGAUUGGUACAAAUCUGUACUUUUAUGGAAAAGUGUGAAGGAAUAUUGGUGUGUGAGGCUGCUUGCAGUGGUCUUUUGUUGUUGUUAUUGUUGGCCUAACACCACUAAUAUGAUCCUUCCACAAGUUC